AUAUGUACAGGAACCACGACUACCGAUACCACUACCGGUACAGCUACCGGUACCGACAGGGACACCAUCACCCUCAUGCAGAGUUGCUCGAAUGCCAUGCCUGCCUGCGCCACGAUACUCUGGAUUGCAGCGUCGGCAUCGACCGCACUCCCGUGAAACGUGAAACUGGCAAAAGGAGUGAUCAUACACAGCGCAGACUCCCGCCUCCUCCCGCGGUCAAUGUUCCAUGAACUGUUUGUUGCUGGGUCGCUUCCUAAUAGAAAAGACAACAGCAGAACAAGCAGAUCAAGUUCCAAAUCCCCAUGUUUUCGUCAUUUUCGUCGUCAUCCUGCCAUGGUCGGCGAGUUUCCAAUGGGCUCACUUUCUGCUGCGCAAGCGAGUGCCUUCGCGCGUACAGCGAUGAUCCAUAGUCUUCCUGAGAGGCCGACUUUCUAUGUUUUGAUUUCUGCUUCUCCUUCUUUCGCUGGUGGGGCUUCUCGGUGGAAGAUGCAUGCUUGACCCUCUUAUUCCUCAUGGUGGCGGAGUUGGCUGUGUUGCAAUCAACAAUUAAUUGAGUAAGUAAAAUAGAGUGUCGCCGUGGUUCGUUUUUUUCAAACGUGGAUGCGUUCGCUUCGCGCCCACGGAGCGCCACCGGUAGCAAAAAAAACAAUAAUUUAGGGUUAAGGGAAAAAAGAGUACAGUCUGUAUCUUUGGCAUCACUUUUCACAUUCGUCGAGAACUCAAGAACGACGCUGUAGACAAACAACGACGCUCACUUGUAAAGCACUGGGAUUCUUAUAGCUACAAGUGGAUCUACCCCCCCUAUCCAAUGGCUGCUCUUUAUCUGUUACUCCUGCUGGCUGCAGUGAGGACAACAGCUUCGUUUCAGAACCACGUAGAUACCACUCAGACUGCCGCUCCUUCUGAGCAGCCGCAAUUGCAACCGAAACCAGAGCUUUUUCCGUAUCAGCAAGAUGGAGUGGAAAGGCUGGUGUCUCAAAAGCGCUUGCUGCUGGCGGAUGAGAUGGGAAUGGGGAAAACGGUGCAAUGCAUAGAGGCGUUGAACCGCAUUGGGAAAGAGGAUUCCACCAUUCUGAUUAUCUGCCCCAAGUCUGUACUGGGUGUCUGGCAGCAAGAGCUCGAGCAAUGGUUGAACCCUGAUCUUGCGUCCUGCUGGACAGUUCACAUUGCAUCCAUGAAAGAAAAGCCAAGCCCUCAACCUGGAAGUGUGACAAUCAUCAACUAUGAUAUAUGCUUCAAGCUAGAAAAAGAGUUACACAAGCCAGACUACCAAGUCAUGAUUUGUGAUGAGUGCCACGCUCUGAAAUCUGUGGAUUCCAAACGCACCAGGUCCAUUCUGGGCAAAAUGACAGGGAAACGACGAAAACCAGGAAUUCAAUCAGAGUACUUGUGGCUACUCACGGGGACGCCAGUCCUGAAUCGACCAGUGGAGCUGUUCCCAAUUGUUCAUUCCGUUGAUCCUGAUGGUUUCACCGACUUUGAUGACUAUGCCAAUCGAUAUUGCGAUCCAAAGACUAGAGAUAUCUAUGUCAGAGGCCGGCGUGUCACCGUCAAGGAGUUUUCGGGGGCCGCCAAUCUGGGAGAACUGUCCAAGCGCCUGGAUCCAAUCAUGGUUCGACGGUGCAAAUCGGAAGUUCUGACUCAACUUCCUCCGAAGCUUCGAUCUUGUCGCUGUUUGAUCGCAGAUCAAGAUAUUGCGCGAGAGGAGAGGGAACUCCUGAGAGAAGCACUUCAAGGAAGUGGCUUUAAUGAAAACACCGCAGGCAUGGAUCUCAAUGAUUUUGGAUCCAAUGCCCAACAGCUGCUCAGCUACAUAGAAAAGGGUAAAUCCACCAAAGAGAUGCUAGCAACGAUAUCAGCCGUCAGACAGGAAACAGCACAGAGGAAAUUGGAUCCUGCCAUUGAGCUCCUAGAAGAGUAUUUAACUCAGGAGAAGGUGGUUGUCUUUGUACACCACCGAGCAAUCUUCGAUUCCCUGAUGGAUCACUUUGGGAAAACAGCCGUGGGCAUCAAGGGCGGAAUAGAUCGAAUCGAACGCGACGAAGCAGUACGCCAGUUCCAGCAUGACCCCAAUGUUCGUCUAUUUGUAGGGAGUAUACGGGCAUGCGGUCUUGGCUUGACCCUCACAGCAGCAUCACAUGUGGUGUUUCUCGAACUCGAUUGGUCACCGGGAAUCAUGGCUCAAGCAGAGGAUCGUUGUCACAGGGUUGGACAAGUCAGCAACGUCCGAGUCGAAUACUUUGUAUUCAAAGGCACUAUUGAUGAAUGGCUUUCCAGAUCUCUGAUAUUCAAACAGCACAGUAUCGACGAAAUACUACCAGAAAAGAUACUGCCUGAACCUGAAGAGAUGCCUGAGACUGACGAAACUGGAUACCUAUUGGACUUUGGGAAACACGAAGGAAUUCCUGUAUCCGAUGCUCCAAGGUCCUACGUUCGAUUCCUUUUGCAGAAAGAGGUCUGGCGAAAACGUCCAAACCUCCGGCGUGCACUGGCAUCCAUGGGGUUGCUUGAAGAAGAGCCUCCUCCCGUCAUGAAGACACAACAAUCUGCCAUUGCACCCCUUCAUGCAUCAAUCAACAACGAUCAAUUUGAAGCUGCCGAUUACAUGUUUGACUUUGGAAUGUACAAAGGCAUGAAAUGGGAGCAGGUGCCGACAAGCUAUCGUAAAUGGAUUCUGGGAAAGAAAAUUUGGAGGAACAGAAAUCGAGAAGCACUUCUUGAGGCUCUUGUGAGAGCUGGUUUUGAUCCAAAUCGCUGAUGUCACAGGAGCAUACACAAGACUGCGAUGUGUUCAGUUGCCAAUGAUCAGACUGGCCUACUAGAGGGCUGCAGCUGGAGACUCGGAAUCGUCAUCGAAAGCAAGCUCUGCGAGUUGCCUCCGUCGCCUUUACAGAGUACGAUACCAGUAGAGGGGAGUCUCCGAAGAGAGCUUCCCGACCAUUCCACGUUGACCAAAAUGACUCCUGUGCUGGAAGAUAUUGCAAUACUUGUAGAUAGAUUCCAGACAUUCGUUUGGGUCCUUGUGAUUACAGUACUGGUACUAGCUAGUCUAGUCUUUUAGAAAAUGCAAAAUCGUUUAUCUUUUUGCCU